UUUAAAUAAGUCUAAAUUAAAUGAAUUAAAGAAUGGAAUUGAAAUUAUUGUGGACAAUUGUAAGCCAAAUAUAAUUAUACGUGAGCAUUACCUCUUUUACUACAACUGAAAGCUUUUCAGUUUUAUAUGACAGCCUAUUUGGGUUCAGUUUUGGGGAGGAAAAAAAAUCAAAACACAGAGCUUUUUCAAAGUGGAUUGAAAAAAGCCUCUAACACAGAACAAAUUUAAUUUGUUCUUAGUAAUCUGUAUGAAGUGAUGACAAAUUGGCUUGGACCGUACCAAUUACUGGUUCUCAAGAAUGAACUGCUAACUUUAUCCAGUGCGAAAAGUGAUCCGUCAUUUGCCCAAUUGAUUCCCCAAUGAGUCGACAACAACGCUAAAGACAAGGCCAAAAUUUCGUGCAAUAUUUCAGGGACUCGUGGAAAUUCUUAAAUCUCAUCCCGCACGCACUCUGGGCUAAACUUACAAAGUGGUGACCUUUACCCUUCCCCGAACUUGAGAUCUUGUUCUCAAACUCUUAAACAUUCCAAAAACUAAAUUUAAAGUUUAAUCUGUUUCUUUUUUGCAAAGUAAGUUAGCCAGCCGUGUCAGUGUCGAUACAAUGAGCGACAUCUUCUAUUAUUCCACUGUAAUAAUAUAACUAAUAGGCCUACUGUAGUUAAUGACCGAAACAUGCAUGGUAAACUUCAAUCUUCACGUGCAUUCGAUCUUUUGGUUUUAAGCCUGGAAGAUGUGCUAAAAGCAUCGCUCUCACCCGAUACAACGCAUGGGGCCGUUGUCUCUCUUUAAUAUACUGUUACCCGUGACUUCAGGUCUCAUUGAAGUUCACGAAUUCCAAGUAGGUGGCGUCUCAUGAUCACUCUCCGACGGCCAUGGCUUGUCUGAGCUGACAAUGGCUAGAGGAAGAUACCAAGAACACCAUAAAACCACGUCUGACCUAGACUGGUUUUAGUUUUCAUUGCCUCCCAGCGCAUUAAAAGGCCCAAUAUUGACAAUAUUGAUAAAAGAAAUGUAAACCAAUCUCCCAAACACGUUUUCGUUGUUGAACACGCAUGCAGACGUCAAUUGGGACGAUUUUACUGAAUAUUCCCUUUUGUGCGAUCUUCUUUUUUCUUCAUAAAUGUUAGCAUUUGGGACUGUUCGGCCAUUGUUCAUGGUUUAAUCCAAAGGAAUUCUGCGGGGGGCACAGUCCAAGUUAAAACUUUAUGGGCCUCAACUGUUUUCAACACACUCUAGUGCCUUUGUCUUGCCUAACUACAUACAUUAAAAGAUUGUUGGCAAGCGAAAAAAAAAAAGUUUCAGCAAUUUCGCACACGAGAAUGUAAAUUUAACCUAAUGGGAACUAUAUUUUUUUAUGAACACUGUAUGUGAGAAGAAGAAAAAACAACCAUGUUUGACGCAAAUGGUGCCGCAAAACAAGAGAGCCUUGUUGAAAGUAAUGAAAAAAGUGUUACUAUAUUUACAUUCGUAUUUAAUUACAUUAGUUUGUAGUCAUAUUAACAUUAAGAACAAUACUAAAACUACCCUAUAUUUACGCAGUUAUAAUAUAGCUAAUUUCUAAGCGCCCUUUGUAAAAUUCAUAAUUUUGCGCUUUAACAUUUCUUUGACUACACUUCAAACUGUAGAUUUCUGUUUUAUUUGAACAGACAGGCAAACACGGUUUUGAAACAAAACUGAGUAAAACUGAACUAUAUUCCGAUGCCAACCUGUCGAAGGGUAUCCCACGUUUAACAGAUAUAUAUGAAGCCAAAAAUGAAUUCUAAUUCAAUAUCAUUACUACCUUCGAGAGUUUAUUGGCCUACAUGCAAAUAUCAAUUAACAAAGAGCAUCACUUACGAAUUCAAAUUGUAAGUAGCCUAUACAUCACUGCGAAAGACCUCUCAUGUUUCUUCCUGGCAGCUUAAUUUUUUAAGACUGUAGACAAACGCGAGAAAAAGGAUAGAAAGUUAGAGCGACAUGAGAUGUCUGAGGUUUAAUAGAACAAAUCCAUAAACAUCAGAAGCCCUGGUAAUGUUACUAAAAGGCGCGCUGGCUGUUAGGCACGCGGAUGGGGUUCUCCAGCAAUCCAAAUAGUUAUCAUAACCAACUGUGGUCCACUGCAAGCACAUGUUCAUCAAUGAAAAGCAUCGCUCACUCCUCGACUUGAACAUUUGCACAUGUUGGCAUACAAUAUUCUAAAGAGGUACAUGUCAAUUUCAGCCCUCGGUCACAUGACUGGCGCGCUCUGGAAUGGAUGGAGAUGGAUCUCCACGUCAGCUCACGUCUCAAAAUUUCUGCUCUGCUCAGUGCUUCAAAGCCACUGAAGCUGAAGCACUUCUGUACUACGAUGCGAGGCAGUACUAUGGUUGUGGCGUGCCCGACCGAGUGUCAUGAUGGAUUUUGAUGAGCGGGUACCCGUUGGGUCUAACAUGUAUUUGCCCGGCUGUACUUAUUACGUGUCUGGAACGGAAUUUUCCAGCCUUCCUCCUUUUCUGCCCCAGACCCCGUCUUCGUGCCCCAUGACAUACUCAUACUCCACGUCCAGUUUGCCACAAGUUCAGGGCGUUCGAGAGGUAUCUUUCAGGGACUAUGCCAUUGACGCGUCCAGCAAGUGGCACUCCAGGGGCAAUCUGCCACACUGCUACGCGACCGAGGACAUGGUGCACAGGGACUGCCUGUCCAAUCCCGGAACUCUGGGGGACAUGCUGUCGAAAAACAACUCGGUUCUCUACCACUCCAACACGAGCCACACGUCCAAUAUGUAUGGCAGGAACGGAGUGCUUCCCCAAGCUUUUGAUCAGUUUUUCGAGACCGCCUACGGGAACGUGGAAAACCAGCCGAGCGAGCCCCCGAUGGACCGAGCGUCCAGCAAAGCGCCUCCGCCCGCGGGAAGAGGAAGCGACAGCUGUCGGGGAGCAGAUGAGACGGAGCGCUGUGAAGAGACGAGCAGCCCGGAGCCAUCUUCCGGUAACAACGAAGAGAAAUUCAGCGGCAGCAGUAAUGGACAGAAGACACGGAAAAAGAGGUGUCCUUACACCAAAUAUCAGAUCAGAGAGCUGGAGAGAGAAUUUUUCUUCAGUGUUUACAUCAACAAGGAAAAAAGGCUACAGCUCUCCAGAAUGCUCAACCUCACCGACCGUCAGGUCAAAAUAUGGUUUCAAAACAGAAGAAUGAAAGAAAAGAAAAUCAACAGGGACCGUUUGCAGUAUUACACCACGAACCCUUUGCUUUAGACCGACUAUUGCUGAGAAAUCAUUUAGGCGAGAUGGUUCAUUUCAAGUCGGAUGACCUUCAUCCCUCUCAGAGACUUCUUCAUCGUGUAAACAUACCUUUAUAUUCUCAGUAAUCUCUACCGUUUGAAAUUAAAACUAUUGUUUUUUAUUAUUAUUAUUAUUAUUACUUGUAUUGCCAUUUGUUAUUAUUAUUUUUCAUUCUACUCAGUUAAGUGACUAUUCAGUUUACAGGGAUUUUAUUUUUGUUAUUACUAUUUUCUGGCCAAGAUCUGUACUUUUCUCAUAUGUCAUAUAGCAGUAAGUAGGCUGUUCUUGAAAUCUAUUUUGAUGGAAGAAAAAUGUUGGGGAGGGCGAGAUAUAAAUACUAGGGGGAAAAAAAGAUGGUUAUUAAUCUGUUAAAUACCGUUCCUUAAUUGUGGUUUAUGUUAUUAGACUCUGUUUCAUUCAAUAACGCACAUGUCUUGAAUAUAGCCUUAUUGAGAACUAAAUGCAUCUUGCGCGCUAUAUUCUCUUGUACUUGAAUUGUGUGGACUUAAAUUGUAGUAUAUUUGAUAUUAAGUGUCUUUACUGCGCAUUCGCCAUACAGGAAAAUCGGGUCACUUCACAAAUGAAGAAGAAAAAAAAGAGAGAAAUUCUUAUUUAUUUUUAACGGAGCAUUUAUCAUUAAGGCAAAAGCAAUAACAGCAUCGACACCUCUUGAGUCAUCUGAAACCUCGAACCUGGAUUGUAUUUUCUUUCAGAUUUCUGUCUUUCUCCACCGUUUCUCUAAAACGCGUGAAACUGUUGCAGGAGCUCAUUCAUGUUCAUGAUAAUCUCUCAUUGUUUACAACAUCUCCUCGGUGUUAUAUAAAUCAGUCUCUUGAAAUAUCGUGUGUUUUCUCUCCUUUUCCUGGAGCAGGAUCAAAUGUUUGAUGGAUCUUGCGUUAUAUUGCCUCCACGCUUUUCUUUGAUUCGAGGAUCAAGUGUUUGCUGUUAUUAAUGCCUAGUAUCCGUUACGGAACUGCCCAAAACAUGGCUGUGUGUGUCUCCAUGAAUCAACCGGCCUUUCAACAAAUGGUUUUAAUGUCGACCCUUAAAAUAAGUCUUUAUAUUAAAUUGCAAUUUUGAAAUGGCAUGUAACAUCUAUACAAAAUAACUUAAGAAAUAAUCUCUUUUUUUCAUGAACAUGUAAAAAAAAAAAAAAAGACAAUGAAAUGUCUCUUGUUACUUCAUAUAAUUUUACACUUUCCCUGUAUCAAUAUAUCGAUGAUCCAUGAGCAUCAGAAAUUGAUAUGGCUUAUGCCACUCAGAAGUCUUCUAAAAAGCUCGACCGUAAGAUAAUGACGGCUGUUUUACAUGAUGACUCUGACGGUUUGCGCAUCCUUUGAGGCUCGAUGGAAUUUCGCCCUAAUUACUGCACUUCCCCCCGUUGCUGCAGCAACUUGGUCAUAAAACCCGUCUUAGUCUGGAGCAUUUGUAGAAUUGGAGUGAGGUGCCAUAAACCGUCUGAGAACCAAGGUUAUUAACUGUGACUAAGAGCUAGAAAACAACUGCUGGAACCAUUGAAAGCUUGUGUUCACGGACCUUUCCGCCAUCAUUUGUCUCAGCGUCCCAUCAUGGCACCACGACUGGAUUGCUCACUACUUCGCUCUUUCGACGAUACAUGUCUUGUCCACUGGGUGACGCACUUUAGAUCAAUGUCAUUGCCGGAUAGGCUAUCUAAAAUCCAUGCAGCAACAUGUUUACUUUGUGUACGAGCAAAAGACAACGUCUUCGUGAACUACACAAGGCACUGUUCCAGGUAAAUAGCCAAGUUGCCAUUCAGAAAUUUUAGUCAGCGUUGCAUUUAUUUAUUGUAUUUUUACAUGAUAGCUACACAUUAAUGCUCAAAACGUUUGUUUGAUAAAAACCUCUUUAUUUAAAAAAAAAGUAGUACCAUUUGUAACAGUCUCAGAGCAUUAGUUUGUUCCUAACAAAUUGACCAUAUAUAUAGCUAAAUUGUAGGAAAAUGGGAGACAAGGUGUUUGAUUCCUUAUGGCUUAGCCAUUUUAUACAUUUUUGUAUUAUUCUAAAAUGUUUUCUACGCCAUCUAAACAUUUAAAAGUCUUCUGCAAAUUGUUGUGAUGUGUUAAAUAAAAAAUGAUCAAAUGAA